AUGAUUACGGAGGAAAAAGUUAUGAAGAAAAAGGCAUCCAAAGCGCUGAAAUCGAAACAAACCGCAAGGAAGGAAAUCAAACCAUUUAUAAUGCCCCAGGUUGGGGCUAUUACUUCGAAGCUGACGUACACCACGGGACGAGGAAACAAUGUACUCAUCUACGAGGGUCAUCGCUACAUCAAGAACAACUCGCACAGCGGUAAAACGUACUGGAAGUGCACCAAGUGGCACAGCGGCUGCAAGGCUCGUGCCAUCACGAACGUCCUCGCGCCUGACGCCUGUAUGACCAAGAACACUCACAAUCACGAUUUCAAGCUGGAAUCGGAACCUCUCCUGUAGCGUUAGACGAUUCACGUUUAAGUGUUUGACUAAUUUGAAUAAAAACUACCUAGAUAA